AUGUCUGAUAUCGCUGCUCAAUUCAAAUUGGUCAAAGGAUCUAUUUAUUCUCACUGUUUCAAUCAGGACAGAAGCCUUUUGGCAAUCACCUAUGAUACUGAUUGUUACGUUUACAAAGUCUCUGCUGCAAAGCAACCUCAAUUGGUAGCAGUACUACCAGAUCACGACAAGACUGUUACUGCUGUUGAUAUUUCUGUUCACGGUCGUAUUGUAACUUGUUCACAAGAUCGUAAUGCCAUUGUGUGGGAGCCCUUAUCUAAUGGUACUUAUAAGCCAACUUUAGUCUUAUUGAGAAUUAACAGGGCCGCAACCUGUGUUUCAUGGGCUUCAUCCGGUUACAAGUUUGCAGUCGGUUCUAGUGCUAGAAUCAUUGCUGUGUGCUACUACGAGCAGGAGAAUGAUUGGUGGGUUUCCAAGCACAUCAAAAAACCUAUCAAGUCCACUAUCAAUGCCUUGUCAUGGCACUCAAAUUGUGUCCUUUUGGCAUGUGGUGGUACUGAUGGUUACGCUCGUGUGUUUUCCGGUUUCAUUAAGGGAUUGGAUACCAAGGAACAAGUUGCUGGCUCUCCAUGGGGUGAGAAAUUCCCAUUUGGUUCUUUGGUUAGAGAAUGGUACCAGGGUGCCUGGAUCCACGAUAUCAAAUGGAGAUCUUCCAUCGAUAAGGUCGCAUUUGUCACCCACGAUGGUUCCUUGAAUAUCACUGAUUACACUGACGAUAUUAAGAGUGUAGACAACCCAGAAGGUCUUCCAUUCAUCACCUUAUGUUGGAUCAAUGAUCAUGAAAUUUUAGCAGCUGGUUUCUCAAAUCAUCCUGUUUUGUACAGCGAAGGUUCAAGGGGUUGGGAAGUGUCCAAGAUUUUGGAUAGCCCAGUUAAGAGUGCUGGCAAAUUGGUAGCAUCAACUGGGGAUGAUGAAGAAGAAGGUGCCUUCGGUAUGUCCGCAUUGAGAAAGUUCAAGGAAUUGGAUUUGAAGGGUAAAGUUAGCCAGCAAGAAGAGAAAUCUACCCAUGUGAACUCAAUUACAGAAUUGGCUGCUUACAAGGAAUCUAACAACAACGUCACUCAAGUUUCUUCUGUUGGUUUGGAUGGUAAACUUGUUAUAUACAAGUUGUAG